UCAGCCCAGUGAGUCCUGCGGAAGGCAACAGCGAGUACACGAGCAGAGAGAGAAGGGCUCGGAUCUUAACGUCCAGCCGUCUGACUCUCACUGGAAUAAUCCGUUACCAUCUCUGAACAAAUGGUUUGAAAGGAAGAAAACCUCCUAGAAGUUGGAAGUUUGUCUCAUGCAUGUGUUUGGGAUGAAGCACCUGUGGGACGUCCACUUCCUCCUGCUCGUCGUCCUCUACCUGCUCGGAGUCGUCUCGUCACAGGUUAACCCAGGUGUGUGUCGAUAUCCUCUGGGCAUGUCAGGAGGGCAGAUACAGGAUGAGGAUAUCUCUGCCUCCAGCCAGUGGUCUGAGUCCACUGCUGCUAGAUACGGCAGGUUGGACUUUGAGGAGGGCGAUGGUGCGUGGUGUCCGGAGAUUACAGUCGAACCAGACAGCCUGAAGGAAUUUCUCCAGAUUGACCUGCGCUCGCUUCACUUCAUCACUCUGGUGGGCACCCAGGGUCGUCAUGCAGGGGGCAUUGGUAACGAGUUCGCCCAAAUGUACAAGAUAAAGUACAGUCGAGAUGGAAGCAGGUGGAUCUCAUGGAGAAACAGGCAGGGCAAGCAGGUCAUUGAGGGGAACAGAAACGCCUACGAUAUCGUUCUCAAAGACCUGGAGCCGCCCAUUAUCGCUCGCUUUGUUCGCUUCAUGCCCGUCACUGAUCAUUCUAUGAACGUCUGCAUGAGAGUGGAGCUCUACGGCUGCGAGUGGCUCGAUGGUCUUGUGUCAUAUAACGUCCCGGCAGGAGAACAGAUGACCAUAUCUGGACACCCUGUGUAUCUCAACGACUCUGUGUAUGAUGGGGCAGUCAUUCACAGUAUGACCGAGGGCCUGGGCCAGCUGACUGAUGGAGUGUGCGGCUUAGAUGAUUUCACAGACAGCCAUGUCUACAACGUGUGGGAAGGGUAUGACUAUGUGGGUUGGAACAAUGAGAGCUUUCCCAGUGGAUAUGUUGAAAUCAUGUUUGAGUUCGACCGCACACGAAACUUUACCACCAUGAAGGUUCACUGUAACAACAUGUUCUCAAAGCAUGUUAAGGUCUUCCGUCAGGUUGUGUGUUAUUUCCGCUCUGAGUCGGACUGGGAGGCCACGCCACUCUCCUUCAGCCCCGUGGUAGAUGAGAAGAACCCCAGCGCCAGAUUUGUCACAGUCAAUCUGGCCAAUCACAUGGCCAGUGCCAUUAAGUGCCAGUUCUACUUUGCUGAUGCGUGGAUGUUAUUUAGUGAGAUCACCUUUCAGUCAGAUACAGCCAUGUACAACACAACACUGGCUCCACCCAAACCAGGGUCACCAUCGAAUACACAACCAGAGGACGACCCCACCCACAAAGUAGACGACAGCAACACCCGAAUCCUGAUUGGCUGUUUAGUGGCCAUAAUCUUCAUCCUUGUUGCCAUCAUUGUCAUCAUCUUGUGGCGACAAGUGUGGCAGAAAAUGUUGGAAAAGGCCUCUCGCCGGAUGCUGGAUGAUGAACUAACUGCUAGUUUGUCAAUACAGAGUGAGACGUUCGCUUACAACCACAACCACCACCAGUCGAGUACGACCAGUGAGCAGGAGUCCAACUCCACCUAUGAGCGCAUCUUCCCCCUCGGCCCUGACUACCAGGAGCCCUCACGCCUCAUAUGUAAGCUGCCAGAGUUUGCCCAGAGCUCUGAUGAGCCUGGUAGGUGGAAACAUAUGUGUGCUUCAAAAUCAGGAUUAGUUCCAAGUGAUGUGAAAAACCGCCGGACUUCAUCACCAGGGUUUCUUGUAAGUGUGUGUGUUUCUUGUUGUGUGAAAGCUUCCACCAGUACAGCAGCUUCUAAAUCCACCACUACGACCGUGGUCCAGGAUGGGGUCCCUCACUACGCAGAGGCAGACAUCGUAAACCUACAAGGUGUGACUGGGAGCAACACUUAUGCCAUCCCUGCACUAACUAUGGACCUUUUGUCAGGAAAGGAUGUUGCAGUGGAAGAGUUCCCACGAAAACUGCUCACAUUCAAGGAGAAACUGGGAGAGGGCCAGUUUGGAGAGGUGCAUUUGUGUGAAGCAGAGGGAAUGCAGGAGUUCAUGAAUAAAGAGUUUUUAUUUGACUAUCCUGAGGGACAGCCUGUUUUAGUGGCUGUGAAGAUGCUCCGUUCAGAUGCCAACAAAAAUGCAAGAAAUGACUUCUUAAAAGAAAUAAAGAUCAUGUCCCGUCUGAAGGAUCCCAACAUCAUUCGCCUGCUUGCUGUGUGCAUCUACAGCGACCCUCUAUGUAUGAUCACAGAGUACAUGGAGAACGGAGAUCUUAACCAGUUUCUGUCCCGCCAUGAACCAGAGGGACAACUUGCAUUGCUCAGUAAUGCACCUACCGUCAGCUUCAAUAAUCUGUGCUAUAUGGCCACUCAGAUAGCAUCGGGGAUGAAGUACCUCUCCUCUUUAAACUUUGUCCAUCGAGACUUGGCCACUCGAAACUGCCUGGUGGGCAAGAACUACACCAUAAAAAUAGCUGACUUUGGCAUGAGCAGAAACCUGUACAGCGGCGACUACUACCGCAUCCAGGGCAGAGCUGUACUGCCGAUACGCUGGAUGUCCUGGGAGAGCAUCCUGCUGGGUAAGUUCACCACAGCGAGCGAUGUGUGGGCCUUUGGUGUCACCCUGUGGGAGAUACUAACCUUCUGCAAAGAGCAGCCCUACUCUCAGCUCACUGAUGAGCAAGUGAUAGAGAACACAGGGGAGUUUUUCAGGGAUCAGAAAAGACAGAUCUACCUUCCUCAACCGGUUUUGUGUCCAGACUCACUCUACAAGAUCAUGCUGAGCUGCUGGAAGAGGAACACGAAGGAGCGGCCGUCGUUUCAAGAAAUCCACCGAGCCCUCCUCGACAGACAACCUUAAGACAGGGCGGCGUCGGAGACAGCGGUUCCCAAAGCAUGACGAGGGGAGACACAGACACACAGUCCAGGUUUAAGCUAAACGUCUUUCAGCAAAAAGACAGAGUGAGGGCCACCUGUGGGCUCCAGGCCUCGGUUUGGUAAACACUGUUUUCAUGGACGUAAACUCUAGAAAGAUGGACUGUCAGAGACAACUGGUGUGUGUCAGUUUGAGUGUUUUAUAAACAUACAGGUUUCAUUGAAAAUAUCUCUUGUCUUUUAUGGUACUUUAAACUCCAUUGAUUGAGGACAUGACUUUUGAGACGCGUGUUGAGGACGGAAAAUUGAAAUGUAGCAAUUAACAUUCGGCACUUUUUAAAUUGUAUAUGAAUCUCAUUUUUUUAAGAUUAAACUUCCCAUGUUAUGUUUGAAAUAAUACAAACAACAGUUUUUGGAAGACUGCUUGAAUGUAGAGGGAAAAGUGCAGCAAACCCAUAUUGUUACUUUUAUUUUAAGUAAUUCAUCUCAAUUUCUCAGACAAACUGCACAUGUUUUUAAUACCAACAAAUAAUCAAAUAACUCAGUGUAACAUCCUUCUCAUCUCCCUGCAGUUUUCCUACGGUGGUUUGAUGUGUAUAUGACUGUGUAUUUUCAGUAGAUAAAACUCUAAUAUCAGUAAUUUUGUAUGAAUAUUUAUAUGUUUAAAUGUGUUUGUUUUGGUUUUGUUAUGGUGAUAUAUUUGUGUAUUAAUAUGCUCUUUGAAUUGAGUUUGGAGUAUCAUGUGAUUUAAUGCAGUCAUUUUCCUGCUCAUAACUUGCAUCUAUACAGCAAACAAAAACCUUCACAGUGCUUUUUUUUUUUUUUUUUUCUCAGAUCGUAUUUUCAAAGUUGCUAUCAGAAAUGUAGGCUGUGUUUUGGCCAUGUGCUACGUUGUUAUUGUGUGUAUGUAGGUAUGUGUUUACAGUUGGAACGAUGUUGUAGAGAUUGUGUUGUGAAAGUUAAACCAGGGUGUUCGUAUUUGCAGAUGUGAUUUGUCUCAUCUUAAAUCGGGAUGAAGAUAUGUUUAAUUGGUAAAAGAUGGCUGCAGAUCACUUUCCCAGACAUUUUUAUGAUUUACAAAACUUCUUAAUGCAACUAUUGCAUCUAAAGUCUAUGACAUUGUAUUGUUUCAGUCUGCCUUUACUCUGUGCAUGUUCUGU